CUAAGUAUUGAUUUCGUGUAGUAAAGUCUCACUGUCAUAAUAAUGAAUUAUCACUGUUUCCGUGAGUUUUGAUGGUAAGAGGAAAAGUCAGUUCUAUGGUUUUGUGCUAUAGUUCGUUAGGACGUCACUUCCGGAUAAUAUAUAAAUAAGUAGGCUGUAUACAUUCAUUUAGUUUUGAGUUAGUGUUUGAAUGUGAGUGGUGUUGUGUUGUUUCACAACCCACGGAAAAUUGUGAAAUAAUAAUUUUAAAAUACAAAAAAAUAUAAAAAAUAUUUCAAAAAACCAAAAAAAUCGUAAAAUCUUAUAAAAAAGUAAAAUAAACAGAAUGAAUCCAGGCGCUCCUAAUUACCCCAUGGCGUCUUUGUACGUCGGGGAUUUGCAUUCUGAUAUUACUGAAGCCAUGCUUUUUGAAAAAUUUUCAUCAGCUGGUCCCGUUCUCUCAAUUCGCGUUUGCAGAGACUUGAUUACUCGUAGAUCUUUAGGUUAUGCUUAUGUGAACUUCCAGCAACCUGGUGAUGCGGAGCGCGCUCUGGAUACUAUGAAUUUUGACUUGAUAAAAGGCAGACCAAUUCGCAUUAUGUGGUCCCAACGAGACCCUUCCUUGCGAAAAUCUGGCGUUGGAAAUGUUUUUAUUAAAAAUCUAGACCGCUCUAUUGAUAAUAAAGCGAUGUACGAUACUUUUUCAGCAUUUGGCAAUAUCCUCAGCUGUAAAGUGGCUCAGGAUGAAAACAGCGCGAGUAAAGGCUACGGAUUCGUUCACUUUGAAACCGAAGAAUCUGCAAACAAGUCCAUUGAAAAAGUAAAUGGUAUGUUGCUGAAUGGUAAGAAAGUAUAUGUAGGCCGAUUCAUUCCCCGCAAAGAAAGAGAAAAGGAACUUGGGGAGAAAGCAAAAUUGUUUACUAACGUUUAUGUUAAGAACUUUGGGGAAGAUUUAUCUGAAGAAGAAUUGCGUUCUAUGUUUGAAAAAUAUGGUAAAAUAACGAGCUCUAAAAUAAUGAGUAAAGAUGAUGGCAAAUCAAAAGGAUUUGGUUUUGUUGCAUUUGAAAGUACAGAAGCAGCAGAAACUGCAGUUGAUGCCUUAAAUGGUAAGGAGCUGAUAGAAGGAAAAAUUUUAUAUGUCGGAAGGGCUCAAAAGAAAACUGAGCGACAACAAGAAUUGAAACGUCGUUUUGAAGCUUUGAAAAUGGAGAGACUCAAUCGGUACCAGGGUGUAAAUCUCUACGUUAAAAACUUGGAUGAUACUAUCGACGAUGAACGCCUUCGCAAAGAAUUUGCACCAUUUGGAACCAUAACUUCAGCAAAAGUAAUGUUGGAAGAAGGCAGAAGUAAAGGUUUUGGUUUCGUAUGCUUCUCCUCUCCAGAAGAAGCUACAAAAGCGGUAACUGAAAUGAACGGUAGAAUCGUCGGUACCAAACCUUUGUAUGUUGCCUUAGCUCAGCGCAAAGAAGAUCGUAAAGCCCAUUUAACUUCUCAAUACAUGCAACGUAUGGCAAAUAUGCGAAUGCACCAGAUGGGUCAAUUCAUUCAACCGGGAGCGUCCAGCGGUUACUUUGUUCCUACUGUUCCAACCAACCAGCGCUUCUAUGGACCAGCACAAAUGACUCAAAUUCGAGCUAGCCCCAGAUGGCCCGCUCAAACACCCAUAAGACCAAGUAAUCAAGGUGGAGCUUCACCAUAUACUGGAAUGCCUAAUACAUACAGACCUGCUGCUCGUCCACCAAAUCAAUCCACAGCAAUACGCAACAACAUCAACGUACCUAGACCUAUCACUGGACAACAACCACCAAGUAUGCAAAGCCGUCCGCUUGUUGGGCAAGGCGUUGGAAACACACCUGGCAAUCGAACAGCAAACUUCAAGUACACUUCCAGUAUAAGAAACCCGCCACAAGGGAUAAAUCUACAAGGACCAUCCACACCUGUGCAAGCUGUACUUAUCCAGGGUCAGGAACCACUUACUACCACCAUGUUGGCCUCUGCUCCACCACAAGAACAGAAGCAAAUGUUGGGGGAGAGAUUGUAUCCGCUUAUUCACACUAUGUAUUCUGAUUUGGCAGGUAAAAUAACUGGUAUGUUGCUGGAGAUUGAUAAUCCCGAACUGUUACACAUGCUGGAACAUCAGGAGUUAUUGAAGAACAAAGUGGAAGAAGCAGUCGCUGUUUUAGAGGCCCAUCAAGCCAAACAAACCACAGCCCCAAUUAAAAAAGAUUAAACUUUUCUACAUGAACCAACAGCAUCUGGAAAUAAAAAAAUAGAAACUAAUAUUACGCCUCAAUCUUUUUUUUUAAUUAUUUUAUUUGAUUCAUUAUAAUUGAUUUAAAUUUGCCCAUUUAAAUUGAAAAUCGGGAAUUAACAUGUUCUUUUAAAGCAAUGAAAUGUAUAUGUAUAUUAUAUUAUUCAAACGGGAUGUUGAAAUUUUAUAUAUCAAUGAAUACAAUUCAGAUAUUGUGAUAUUGUUAAUUGUAUUAGACUGAUAGAUAAGCUAUUUUAUCAAAAGCGGUUUAAUUUUAAAAUCUUUAUAAAAUUAUACAAAUACAUUUAUCUCUUCAAUUUAAUUAUGUUUUUCUAUUCUUUCAAUUUAAUUAGCAGGUUAGAACCAAACCAAAUAUCCUUUAGACUCCUGAUAUUUUGGAAUAACAUACAAAUCUUUAAUUUCUUAAUGUCUGAUUCGAACUCAACAAUUUUUAAUAUACAACCAUAAUAAUUAUAUAUGACUUCCUAUAAAGUAAAAAAUGUUAAGUUUGAAUAUCCAACUUAUUUACUUAAUAUUUAUAGUUGCUUUUUUAUUGUGAAAGUGUUUUUCUACAGUACCUUGUACUUAUAAGUCUUAGUCCUUCAAUUGACUCCAGAAUUACUAUUAAAUUUUUUGUAAAAUAUAAAAUAACUUUUAGUUUAUUCCCAUGAAAUAUAUUAGGAAAGCAUGAAUCAAAUUAUAGGGUAAAUUCAAAUAUGACAUUUAUGAAAAUUUUAUGAUUAAAAUAUAGGAAUGUUGAA